AUGGCUCUUAACAACACCUUGGGCGCUAUCAUGCGCGGUGUCAUGUACCGCGGUGUUCCCGGCGAGAUGACUGUCGAAAACAUUCCCAUGCCCACCAUCCUCAAUCAGACCGACGCCGUAGUUCGCAUUACGUCUUCCGCUCUAUGUGGUUCUGAAUUACACGUAUACCGCGGCUACCAGGGCGGCUCUCCCCCGUGGAACAUGGGGCAUGAGGCCAUUGGCUACAUCUCCGAGCUUGGAAGCGCAGUCGCCGGGCUGAAUGUUGGUGACUACGUUAUCAUCCCCGACACGGUGAACCACGGUCGGCUCGAGAUGGCGCCCGCCGGUUUGGAUUUCUAUGGCAAUGGAGCUGUCGUCACAGAUGGUCUCCAGUCUGAGUACGCCAGAGUCCGAUUCGCCGACUCCAACUUAAUCCCUAUCCCGCUCACUCAGGAGACAACCAACAUCACCAUCGAGCAAGACUAUCUGACACUAUCCGACAUCUUCGCUACAGGCUGGGCUAGUCUUGACUUCUCUGGCUUUGAAACAGGCGAUACGGUAGCAGUCUUCGGCGCCGGCCCAGUCGGACUGAUGGCCGCUUACUCAGCUACUCUCCGAGGUGCCUCAAAGGUCUAUGUGAUCGAUCACGUCCAAGCCAGGCUCGACCGGGCCGCCUCCAUUGGCGCAAUUCCCAUUAACUUCGCAGCCCGCGACCCCGUCGCGCAAAUCAUGGCUUCCGAACAUAACGGGAUUAUGCGCUCCGUCGACUGCGUCGGCAUCGAGGCUCUGAACUCGACCCUAGAGCACCAGCCCAACAUCAUCCUGGAUCAGAUGGUCAAUCUUACCCAUGUUGGCGGAGGUAUCGGCCAGGUUGGCGUGUACAUGGCGCAACCAGACUCGCCUGGCUCUCCUCUAGGGUCCACAUUUUCUCCCAUUGCCGAGUUCCCUCUGUCCGACUUCUUUGGAAAACGCUUGAAGUUUCAAGCUGGGCCCGUCGAUCCCAAGAUAUACGCGCCGAUGCUUGUAGAGCUUAUCAGUAGCGGCAAGGCAAGCCCUCAUUUCAUUGCUUCGGCGAGUAUCUCGAUUGAGGAUGUGCCGGCCUACUACGCCCGAUUCAACGCCCAUGAUGAGAUCAAGGUCUUCAUCAACUUUCCUUAA